GCACUUUCCAUCCUUCAUGAUGAGGCUUCUGUGUCUCGGGUUUUCGAUACUGGCCGCUGUUGAAGGGGUUUUUGUUCCCCAGGCUUUCAUCGUACCGCCAGCGCAAUGUAUUCCCUGGCCUACGGGGGUUACGGGGGCCAUGGGAGCAUUAGUCACGCCCCCGCCGCAUCCGGAUUUGGUGAAGAGAGCGACCGUUAAUUAUUAUUGCACGGGGGUCAUGGCGAAUGGUGAGUUUUCCGGAAUAAUUUGUGGUCGGGGAUGGUUCUGACGGUGUCUAGUACAAUGCCCUUCAGUACGCGGGUUUAAGGGGAACUGCGUGGUCGUAUCUUCUACGGGUCAAUGCUGUUAUGAAACGUUUGUCCCUCCCGAGAGAAUACCGAGUGCUGGUGCUAAUGAGGGUAGCGAUAUCGCAAAGUGUACCCGCGGGGGGAAUUGUAAGGAUUUUACUGCGGGAUGUGGCACUACUUGCUGGUAUUUUUCUUGUGCAUGUUUCGCGCUGAAUUUCCAUUAUUGACCCCAUUCCAGCACAGAAGCCUUUCCGUACUGCAACACCGAAGUGGUCCCCGACGACGCCAUAUAUCCUCACUGCGAACAGACCCAGAAUCCGACCUACACAAACAGUUACUACUUGAACGGAAACACUCCGGGAAUCGGAAUCCUUACCGCCACGCGUAGCGAUACGGGAUUCAUCACGACACAGUCGCCCGGGAGCGGUACCUCUUUCGCGAUCAUUACCCCAACACGCUCCUCCGCCUCUCCGGCAACUAGUACUCCAACGGGCUCGGACCCGGAACCCUUAUCCGGAGGUGCGAUCGCGGGUAUUGCUGUCGGUGGGGCGGCAGGAUUAGGCGCACUCGCGCUCGGUGUCUUCUUUCUAUUUUUCAAAAAGAAGCCGAAACAGCCGACUCCAACCGGGAACAUGGCGGAGUACACCACUCAGCAACAACACCUGCAGCAGUAUGUCCCACAGCCAGUCCACGGACACGACCAAUUUGCGCCAAAGCCAUACCCAGAGCAACAUCUGGCAGAAGCCCCCGCGAAUGAGCCCGCCCCUGUUAUUGAGUACAGGCCUGCAUGGGAACUGCCAGCCAGCAAUCCCCAGGAACGCGCAUGAGUAGAUAGCUUAAUUUCUUUUUGUCCAAAUAUUUCUCACAAGGUAGUUUUGGGAAUAGCGCAAUUCCUUUUUUUUUAUUUUUUUUUUACUCUAUCAUAAUAUUAUGGUGUGGUCAAAUUAAUUUAGUUUUCUCAACCUUUAUUUUUUGAAUUAGACGAUGUCGAGCAUCACAACCAACGCAUCAAUCCCGGAAUUGAUUGGGAGUUGCCGCUGGUGCCUAGAAUGUCCUUCCAUUUGAUUACCCGUACCCCGUCCAUGAGACAGAAUGUGCCCCACGGCAGCUUAUUGUCGGGGUAGAGUUGACCCGAUGCAGAAGUUCGCGGCUCUUGCCAUGCCACCUUUCUUCUCGCUCGACGGAUCGCUGCGGCCCAAUCACAAUCUAUCACCCGUCGAGGCACAUCCGACCACUUGUUUUUCCGCGUAAGUUAAGCUGAAAGUUCCGUCGAGGCUAGUUAUACGUUAGUAGGGCAACCAGUGGUCGUCGUCCCCUUAAGCUUAAAUCGCUAGUUCGUAGCCAAGACAAGUGAUGUUUCGUGUCACCGGUGCCCCCCCCGCCCCCGUUUCGAAACGUUUUCCGAGCGCAGUCAGCUGGAAUAUUUCGAAGUUUGAAAACCGCGGUGGAUCUAAUCCAUAACUCGCGGCUUCCGGUGUGGCCGUUGGACCCGAUGCCCUGAAAGGCACAGCGGGGAAUCCCGGUUAAAUAAACUGUGGGUAGUAAUCGAUGUCGGGAAGGAACUUCCUACGGGUAGCGCAUCUCAGCAGCUGGUUUGUGCGUAGCACUCGCGCACAGGAAGGAAAAUGUGGACAAAUAGGAGUGGAAUACCACGCAAAAUGGAGAGUGUUGAGAUAGGUGGACGAAUACACAAGUUUGGAUAAUUUAGGUAU